ACGUCGACAGCAUGGAAGUGGACGAGUUGAUAGAGAUUCCAUCCAACAAGGCGCGAGUGCUGCGCGGACACGAGAGCGAGGUGUUCAUCUGUGCGUGGAACCCGACCAGGGACCUGCUCGCGUCGGGGUCGGGCGACUCGACGGCGCGGAUAUGGAAUCUGUGCGACAAUAACAGUAACAGUCCAAACCAGCUGGUGUUGCAGCACUGUAUACAGCGGGGCGGCACCGAGGUGCCUAGCAACAAAGACGUGACGUCGCUCGAUUGGAAUUGUGACGGCACGUAUCUGGCGACGGGGUCGUACGAUGGCUUCGCGAGGAUAUGGACGACAGACGGUCGACUCUUCAGUACGUUAGGUCAACACAAAGGUCCUAUAUUUGCGUUAAAAUGGAAUAGAGAAGGAAAUCAUAUUCUUAGUGCCGGUGUAGAUAAGACAACAAUUAUCUGGGAUGCCAGCUCAGGGAAGUGCACACAACAGUUUGCCUUUCACAACGCGCCCGCGCUCGACGUGGACUGGCAGAGUAACGACAGUUUUGCAUCGUGUUCGACGGACGAACGCAUACACGUCUGUAAACUAGGUGUUGACAAACCCAUUAAAACAUUCCAGGGCCACACAAAUGAGGUGAAUGCCAUCAAGUGGGAUCCCCAGGGAGUGUUGUUAGCGUCCUGUUCAGAUGACAUGACGCUGAAGCGCGUCGUUUGACUCGACGGUGCGGUUGUGGGACGUGGAGCGCGGCCACUGCAAGCACACGCUCACCAAGCACCAGGAGCCCGUCUACAGCGUAGCGUUCAGCCCCGACGGCAAGUACCUCGCCAGCGGGUCCUUCGACAAGUGCGUCUACAUCUGGUCCGUACAGAACGGCUCGCUAGUAAACAGUUACCGGGGCACGGGAGGCAUAUUUGAGGUCUGUUGGAAUCAUCGGGGAGACAAGGUUGGCGCCAGUGCAUCAGACGGCUCGGUGUUUGUGCUCGAUCUCAGAAAGUGACCACGCACGCGACAGCGCUCGCAGUUCUUCGCAGAGGAGUGAAUUCCGUACCUGACUACCUACCUCAGACUUACCAGGUACCGGCGCACGCGAGCGGGGGACGACUCGCGCGCGAAGAGCGGGGCACUGGGACGACCGCCCGAAGCCUCGAACCUCGACAACUCGUGCGCGAACGCUGAACGGUGAUUGUGAUCGACCCUCGUAGAGCAGCCGCGACGAAGGCUCGACCCUCGUAGAGCAGCCGCGACGAAGGCUCAACCCUCGUAGAGCAGCCGCGACGAAGGCUCAACCCUCGUAGAGCAGCCGCGACGAAGGCGCGGGCGUCGCCAAGUCGCUCGCCGGCGUAGCGCGCGCGGACGACGUUCGGACUUCAGUCGCCGCCGCGAGCGAUCGGCGGGGGCGCCACCGGCAUUGCUAGUCCUCGACAGCAGUGCAGCGUCCGAAGCGUCGUGCAGGAGAUCCGAGAGUUCAUUCGACGCUAGCGGCGAGAGAGAGAGUGUGCGUGGGAAAGCUGCCAGCACCGCAGGGGAGCGCGCGCACUAUGGAGCGACCCAUCGCAGAUCGGCCGUGGAUGGAUCCGGCCUGCGUCUUCGAUCGCCGUUGCCUCCCUCUAGGCGGCGUCGUUUACGGCGCGCCGUCGCUGCGGCAUCGUGGUCGAGGGCGUGUCGUGCGGGGAGUGAGAGAUGUAGCAGAAAGAAUGGUACUGUGAGGAGAAAAGAGAGGGACAGAGACAGACAGAAAGUGAGAAAGACAGACAGUGGGGGGAGAGGGAAGGAGCGAGAGGGGGAGAGAGAGAGCAUCUCUGUUGCACGUGUCGUGAAAGACGCAGCAACGCCGAUCGGUUUACUAAACAGAUUUCGCCGCAGUUUUCACACGGAAUUUUUCUAACCAGAGACCAGCGCUCUCCGCCUUGUGGGUUUGUGUUCGUGCGUGCGUAGGCUAAAAGCAGAGACACACUUCGAUCGAUAGCUUGGGACUGCCUGACCCUCGUAGGAGUGUUUCUCCUAUCGUGGUAGAGUCGUAAACCUUUUGUAAAUAAUUGUGCUCGGUCGUUGGUAGUGUAACGCUAAGUGUCGUCGUCGUCGUCGUCGAGUCGUCGCGCGACCGCGAUUGAUUUUAAUUGCUUCCCACAUUCGUUGAGCCGACGUAUGAACUGUUUGUUCACUUUGUGAGUGUGCAAUGUUUUAUGGGAUUGAUUGUACAGGUUUCCGUAUUUUGUGUGCAACUGUAAAUGGCCCAAGUUUUGUACAUUCGUUUUUGGAAGUGUAGAGCGUUGUUGGUAUUGUGUAAUAAUAAUAAAUAAUGACGGAGAGAUGGUGACGACGUUUGCCGAACAAGACCGUGACGAUGCAGACGCUGACGAUGACGUGCCGACCGUGACCGUGAUGUUGACGAUGACGCUGACGGUGAUGAUGUAACCUGUUGUAAUUCUGCAGAACAGAGAUUCUUAUAUUUUGAUAUUUAAAACGUAGCACGUGAUUUUAUUUUA